AUGCGGCCUUAUCGUCGUGCUAUUCUCGCUAUGGUAGCACUGUGCUCAUUUUUCUUAGUUGGAAACUUAACUUUCUUCAGGAAAAGCUCUUCUACGGAGCGUGCGCAGGCGAAAUCUGCUGGUUUAUCUGAUGAGCUUCCAGAAACCAGGGAGCUUCCGGCUGUACACGAAGAUAGUUGUUCUUAUGAUCCGUCGUGUCCGCCUCCUCGGAUUCUCUUCCGUUUACAUGCAGAAACCGCUAACUCUCCUCCAUUUGCCUGUCUGAAUGACGUGAGGUUAUUUGAUGGGGAACACCUCGAGAAAGGAGUGAAUCUCGUUUCUCUGAAUGGUUCUUCUGGUGAUGUGGAAUCGUCUGUUUCAUUUGAUGUGGCAGCUUCAGAUGGCGAGCUAAUCAACUGGUUGAGGUUGUUCCACAGUCAUUCGAUCAUGGUGUGCAUGCAAUCGAAGGCUGUUUCGAUGUACCUCUUGGGGAUGUCCGUACGAAUAAACAUGACUGAAGAGCUGUCUGACAUACAAAGGAUUGAUCCUGAAAAAAUGGCUGCCCUUGGCGGUGGCUCGAGAAAUGCUGAUCAAAAUGUAGAACUUGGACCAGAAUGGAAGUGGUGUGGAAUGGCUGCACCUUGUGGUCCUGAUGAGAUCUCGAUGCAUUUUUUCACGGGCGAACACAAGGACGAUUGGCCUCGUUUAUGUGUAGGUGGCCGCAUGGUCUUCGAUCACGGCUUGAAUGGUGCCGGUCGUGGUCUGAAUUUGGUGUCAAUUGAGCCUAAGACUGGCCGAGUUUCAUCAGUGGCGCAUUUCGACACUUACCAAGAUGGUAUAUUCUUCACAUUUAUUCAUCGCUUAAUGACUGGUAGUAUGAGGUACUUCGUUGGUCAUAAAGGAUUGGCAGCGUAUACUCCUUUCGAAGAUCUCAAUAUUCCAACAGGCAACAACUGGGCGAAACCUAUCAAGGCAUCAAUAUGUCUUCCUAAAAAACUUGAUACGUGGCGCGGUCGCUCAGUAGGAAAAGCAGGCUCUUCUCGGCGUCCCCUAAAUCUCCCACGUCGUCAUUUCUGCCUCAAACAUGAUCGACACGGAGAAUUUUGUAGCGAAAGUCACAUUGAUGAUCUCAUCCGACCUAGAGCCCUAUUAGACCGUGCUCGAGUUGGGGAUCCUGUAUUCAACAUGCCUAUUGUAAUUGCUGCCGGGUUGUCAACCGAUUCGCUACGCAUCUGUUUGGAAUCGCUCAUGGAACAGGAGGGUUUGAAUACACAAAUGAUCAUAGUUGUGUAUGAUAAGCUCAUCAAUAUUUCUCUUAUACUAUCUGCACUUUCCGCCGCAUUUGCUGUUUUUCCGUCGGCAACAACAGUCGCUGUUAUGUGA